UACAUAUAUUAUUUGUGUCAUUAAUUUAGUUUAGCUUAGUCCGUCAGCAGCACAGGAUCAGCGAGCGGUUGGUUGCCACCUACACUGACGCACGGGCGCACCGCCUCACUACGAUAUUGAGUCCGAAUGGUGCGCCCGCGCAGCACAUUAACUUGAUGAGAACCAGUGACCAAGUGUCUGUGAACAGACUGUGAACAAAUUUCCGUGAUUGUUUGUUGUGUUAUUCAGACGGAUGCCAGUGUAGCGUGAGACAUGACUCGAGACAGUUACGAAAUGAAGGGCAAUCGGCUGUCGCGCGGUAGUUCCCUGUUUGGUAGCGAUCCUCAAGUACAAUUUAGAACAGCAUUGCGUACAAAUGAUAUUGUAACUUUUAAGAAAGUGAUCAACUAUGUUGACCUGGAAUAUGUUUAUGAAUAUCCUGAUUACAAAACUUGCCUUGAACUAGCUGUCUCCGAACCAAAUAAAUUAGAUUUUGUAAAGCUUCUAUUACAACACCAAGUUGAAGUUAAUAAACUUAAUGAAACGCAUGGAGCCGCUCCAAUUCAUUUUGCAGUUGAAAACGGCAACAUAGAAGCCCUGAAACUUCUUCUAGAAGAUGACAGAAUAGAUGUGAAUAUUAAAAGUAAAGCAAAUACUGCACUAUUACUAGCAAUUAAGAAAAUAGAAGACUUGGAAGAUGACCGUGAGCGCGAGUUAGAUACUUACGAAGAUAUGAUAGAACUUCUUCUUAAAGCUGGUUGCAAUGCAAAUUCGCCAGAUUUGAAAGGUAUGACACCAGUAUAUUCUGCAGCAAAACAAGGUCUUGAAAGAGUUAUAAACCUUAUUUUGGAUUAUUCAAAACAUUCUAUUGAUAUUGACAGCUAUACAGAUAGAAGAGGUAAAACAGCUCGAGGUAUUUUAAAAGAAGCGUUUCCAUUUAUGUUAGAUAAGUUUAAUUCUUCUGCCGAAGUAGUUGAAAUGAUUGAUAAUGACAAAUUAUUUUCGUUUCUCUCUAGACACGACGAAGAGAAAUUUAUUCGUGACUUCACAAAGCUUGCCAAUAAAAAUGAACAUCGAACUGCACUGACAGCCAAUAACGGAAUGCAUACUAUGUUACAAUUUGCCGCAGAAAAAGGGCUUGAUAAAGUGAUAGAAACGCUAUUGCAUUUUGGAGCUGAUCCCAAUGCCACUUGUCCGGGAAAUGCACAUCGACCGAUAGCUAUUGCUUGUAAAAAUGGAUUUCAUAAAAUACUUGAAAAAUUUUUAGAAAAUGACAACGUAUUAUUAGACACCUCAAAGAAUGAAUCACUUGUCCAGGUAAUCAUAAAAGGAAUUCGAACAUAUUCCGGAAACACUAAAGCAGAUCAUAAAAGAUGUUUGGAAUUGUUACUUAAUCAUCCAAAGAGUUGUACUGAUGUUAAUUAUCGUGAUGACAAAAAAAAUACAGCUUUGCAUUAUGCCGCUCGAAAUGGUGAUAAUGAUAUUGUAUUAGAACUAUUGCGCAAAGGAGCGUGUAUAGGAAUACGCAAUCUCUAUGAUGAACCACCAUUGGCCGACAUUCAUGCUAAAACACUAGAAAAAUACAUGGAUGAAUGUAUUACGACAAAUGACGAGCGUCCUAGUGAUGAUAACUACGAAAUAAAUAUGAAAUAUAGCUUCCUAGUAUAUCCUAAUAACAAUUCACUAGAGGGAGAACAAAGUAAACAACCUUUAAUGGAUAAAUCUAAUAACAAUUUUAAAGAAUAUGACACUAUUUUAGCUCCUGAAACGGAUGCUCUUUUAUAUAUGACACGAAGCGAAGAACUAAGACCGCUACUAAAACAUCCAGUAAUUACAAGUUUUCUGUAUUUGAAAUGGCAAAGAAUAAGUUCAUUAUUUUAUGCAAAUAUCACUUUUUAUUCUCUUUUAUGGUUAUGUCUCAUUCUUUACAUCAUAUUAGGAUAUGGCGUAGAACAUAAACUACCAGAAUCUAUUGAAGUAUUGAGUACUAUUACAUAUAUUGGAGCAAUCAUUGGAUUAAUGCUUUUAAUUGCGCGAGAGCUUUUCCAGUUUUUGGUUGCACCCGUAAAUUAUUUACAGAGCUUUGAGAAUUGGAUGGAAAUAGCAUUAAUAUUUGUUACUACUUUGAUCUUGUUUUACAAUUCUGCAUCUGAGUCAACAAAGCAACAGUUAUCAGCAGUAGCCAUCUUAUUAUCUUCUGCUGAAUUAGUUCUUCUGAUUGGUCAAUUUCCGACUUUAUCAACAAAUAUUGUAAUGUUGAGAACUGUUUCAUGGAACUUCUUUAAAUUUUUGCUGUGGUAUUGCAUAUUAAUAAUUGCUUUUGCGCUUUGUUUCUACACUUUAUUUAGACAAGAAAUAAAAGAUGAUCAAAAAGCUCCAAAUCUUAAUAGUAAUAAAUGUGGAAAAGAAGAAGAUGACGAAGAAGACUUUUUCGUAGACCCAGGAAGAUCAUUGUUCAAAACCAUCGUUAUGUUAACAGGAGAAUUUGAUGCGGGGUCAAUUAAGUUCAGCGCAUAUCCUGUAACAAGUCAUAUUAUAUUUAUUGUAUUUGUUUUUAUGAUACCUAUUGUAUUAUUUAACUUACUAAAUGGUUUAGCAGUUAGUGAUACACAAGCAAUUAGAGCUAACGCGGAAUUAGUUGGCCAUAUAUCACGGAUUAGAAUGAUAUCAUAUUUUGAAAGUGUUCUUAUAGGAAAUGCGAUCAGUUACACAAAACCAUGGCGGUGUUGGUCAUGUAUUUCAAGAUAUAUACAAAAUAUGCAUAUUAUAAAGCCUAAAAUGUUAAUUAUAAAACCUUUUACAAAACGAAUAACUCUUUUCCCACAUUUUUUGCCUAACUACAGUAUUGUCGUGAAACCAAAUCAAGACAACAAAAUAGAGAUACCAAAACCAGAGCCCCUGAGUAAGUUUGAUGAUUAUGAGGGAGAUAUUGAAUCUGGUGGAUGUUGUUUAGAUAGAUGUAGGAAUUAUAAAUUAGAUAGACAUAUUGUGAAGAGUGCUAAACUUGUAAUAAAUGCUGCAAAGGAUUCAGAAUUUGAUGAAAUAAAGAGCCUGCAAACGAAAUUAAGUCACUGUGAGACAAAAAUCGAUGACCUCCAAAAUCUAUUAGAAAAAGUAUUAGAUAGAUUACAAUCUCGUCCAUGUUAAUUUAAGAUUAAUUUUAUAACAUACCAAGUAAGAUAUUUUAUUGAAUUGAUAUUUUAAAAAAUAAACAUAAUUUAUCUAUAUACGACUUUUAAGUUGAAUGCCAUUACUUCUGACUAUGGCAAUGAUGCUAAGAUUAGUGAUAAUGUCUAAUAAUUCAAUUUAAAAUAAUUAUUUAGGUAGAUAAAUUUAUGUAAAGUGCAAAAGGGCUUAUGCUAUAACUAAAUUGAAUGUUGUGGUACUUUGAAAAUUAUGUUAAUAGAAAAUACUUAUCAAAAUUAUGAACUCCCCGACCAAACAACUAAGUCGAAAAUUACAUCUGAUUACUUCAUGUUACAUGAAAUAUUAGUACUAACUACGCAUUGUUCUCAAUAAAAUAUUAAGGUGAGCUCUAUUUCCCUUAGUUACUCUACUUAAUAUAUAUAAUACGUUUCUAAGUGCAUAAAAUUACUCGAAUGCUUACUCCACUUGUAUUAAUACGUUUUUUUUACUAUUUAAGAUUGUAAUAAGUAAGAAAGUAUCAUUUUUAUUACUAUUAAGUAUAUACAAUUAAAAUAGUUGUAUUUUAGAG